UCUGCACAGCCGGAGUCCGACCCGAGCAGCAGCAGCAGCACCGAGCCCCGCGCGGCUCUCUGCAUCCGCAGCUGUAUCAAAAGAUAAACCGACAACGACACAAAAAAAAGAAUAAACGACACUGCAGGAGGUGACGGAUCCAGAUUCAGAUCGCGCCUCUGCAAUAACCACGGAGACAUCGGUCAUGCCAGAUCUACACGGAGGGCGAUAUCUUGAUAAGUAUGAGCCGUUUAUUUAUUUAUUUUUUGGUUCCUACAAACUCGUGUCUGCUUGGUGUGGCAGUGGCGAUGACUUCCAAGUCUAACAGCCUCGAGAUGAGCCUUCUCCUGGAGCCCGACUCCACACAAACACCCGGACUGUAAAAAGAAAGACUUUGCCAUCGAGCCCGGCUCAUCAACGGCAGUAAAAGAGACUUUAUUGGUCACCGGCUGCGCCUCCACUUGGAAGAACAAGCACAUUUAUUCGCUGUAAAUCAAGCCAGGAGGAUCGAGCCCGAGUGCAAGACGAAUGGUUUGGGCAUGGUGCCCACGCCCCAGGUGUGCGUAUCAACCCUGGUCACAGUGAGCACGAUGGCAGUGGUGGACCUCUACCUGCUGGAGCAGAGCAUGCUGGGGGCUCGCGGUCCUAGUGUGUGGCAGUGUGCGACGGUGUUGCUAGGCGAUGCGGGCUUCCUGCUCGCGCUGCGCUUCGUGUCGGCCGGCGUGAUGUCGGAGGCGCGUUCGCCGCGUCGCGGUUUCGCCAACGCCCUCUGGUUCCUGUUCCUGUCCCUGCUGCAGCUCAAGCUCUUCUUUGUCUGCCAUAACUACCGGCAGGAGCGCCGGCCGCCCGACCCGCUGGCCAGGAAGACCCUGACGCUGCUGCUGUCCAUCUGCCUGCCCUCCCUGUUUCUGAUCCUGACGGGAGCCGACCACAUGACCCCGCUGCGCAGGAAGCAGGAGGUGCGGGGCCGGCUGCUGUGGGUGGUGGUGGACCUGCUGGAUGUGCUGGACCUGCAGGCGGGGCUGUGGGAAGCCCACGGCGGGGCAGCAGCGGCGGGGAGCGGAGGGGUCGUUGAGCAGAAGCUGCCCAUCUGGGCCGAGGGCCUGGUCUUCUUUUACUGCUACGCCCUCCUGCUGCUGCUGCCCUGUGUGGCUCUCACAGAGCUGGGGGCCACCGGCCUGCCAGGACAGAGGGGGCCCCGUAAGGAGGCUCUGUACCCGUGGCUCAGCCUGGUCACCAUCAACAUCUUGACCCUGGCCCUGAGGGGCACAGGCAUGCUGUGGUACAGGGACUCCCGUGUGUCCACUGUGUUCCUGGGGAAGAACCUGCUGGCUCUGGCUGUGAAGCUGAGCUCAGCUUGGGAGAGACACAAGCAGGAGCGCGGCGCUGCAGGAGCCGAGACUGUGUCUGGAGCAGAACCAGGAGACUCGACCCUGCCAAGCCAGAGCUCAGAGCAGGGAGAGGGCCAGGCUCAGGGGAAAGCUCCUCCCGCUCAUUAUCACACACUGUCUCGCUCCCAAAGCCACACUCUCUCCCACGUCAGCCUGGAGCCCGCGGAGACGCCCUUAGGACAGUCUUUCAUCUCCCAUGAACUCUAGAGAGUCGCUCUAAACACACACGCACACACAAAAGCAUGUGAUCACACCCACACUUAAAACCCAGACCAGCAGAGCCAGUAUCACAUCCAAACAGAUAACUUGUGUUGAAUUUACAGUACAACAGCGAUGGGUAUAAUGCUGAGCUGUGGAAAAGCAUUUGGCAAGCUUGGCUUUCUCCACAUUUUGUUGUGCUGAGAAUAACUUAAAAUGCAUUGCUGGGAUUUGUGGGAGUGUAUUUUUUAUAUUCAAACACUGUGAACACAUCUAUCAGCCUGUAAAGAAUAUUCCAGAAAUGUAUAUCGUAACUCGUAGUGUUUCAUUCCCUUCUUUGAUCUCGGCACCGCUGCCCAAACUGCCGCCGAUUUGUUGCAUUCAGAUUUGUUGCAACUGAAUAUACAGCAUCUCAUCAGUGAGUUCAGGUCAUGUGGCUUGUCAGAAAAAUUAGAUCAAUACUCUUCUUCGAUUAGAUGCCAAAUUCAGACUGUGACCUUUAGUGUACUUUUUUUCCUCAGUCACUUUACAGGGACCUUUCACAGAGAAAAGUUUAAUACAAAGGGAGUGAUGAUUUAUUUUUCCCUACAGCUCCAGGAUUUAAAAGCCGUCUGCCUGUAAAGCUCACACUCUUCACGGUGCUCCAGUAUUUCAAUUUAGAGUCAAAUCCAGUGGAUCCAAACCUUUUAGGCUUGUAGCGCUUUAAAUCAAAGUCUACUCACGACCCAAAGUCCCUGCUUUGAUUUUCCGUAUUUGAUGAGCGUAUUUGAGGCUUGAAAGAUUACAUUUCUAGUUUUUCCACAAUAUAAAAUAAAAUAAAAACAUGUGUAGCAGAAAGGUUAAUCAGUGAGAUCACCAACUGUGGUGUUUGGAGUGAGUUUCUUUGGUAUUAUGAUGUUUUAUUUGAUUUAAAUGCAGAACAUCAGCUCAAGAUGAUUUCAGAGAUGCAUACCGUACAGUCACUUGUUUGUUUACUUUUAAAACCCUCCUGCAGCGAUUUCAGCACAACAAAAUGUGCUUCACUCAAGAUGCCAACUAUUUAUGAAAGACACCGCUUCCACAAAUAAAAUCUUUAAAUGGUGGAGCUUAAAGAUGAGCAUUUUUGCAUCAUCUUAAUCCUACUGCAACACAAACAACAGUACAAGUCUAUUUUACUACAUUGUUUACAAAGCCAGAACACCAAUGUAAGUAAUCCCUUUACCGUUUCAGAACACACUUAAAAUUCAUGGUUUGACGUCGUCUGUACUUUGUCUCAAAGUCUUUUUCAGUCAUUUUCAAUAAGAAGAAGAAAAACCCUUAAUCCUCCUUUUAACUAGAGAUGAAAGUUAACUUUUUGAUGCCAUGAAUAAUGGAUGGGCCCUCUCAUUCACUAAGUUGUUAACAUGUGGGGUUUUGGGGGCAUCAUGGACCAGAGCAGCAGGUGUAGAGGAUGUACAGUACAGUCAAGUGCCUUGUUUCCUCAUGGAGCCACGAGGCGUACACAUUAAGUGUACCAUGUGGAACUUGGACAUAUGCCAUGUGUACACUGUAAAGUUAUUCCACAGCUGCUGUCUGCUACACCUCCAGGACAGAGUGCAAACUAAUAAAAAAGUGUUUCAUACUCGCCCAGUGUUGACAGUUCAUUGACUAUUGCGUAGGAGCGUUAUUGGCAAACUGUCACCCACAUAUAGGGGAAAACAAGAGGACUCAGUCCCAACCAUUCAAGGCCAAGAGGCCCUUUUUAAACAAGUCAAUCCGCUAUCACUGGAAAUUGCAUGUUUUUCUCUCA